UUUAUUCAGCACUCGAACAGGUCGCGUGUGUACCGUGACGUGAGAGUGAAUUGCCCUCAUCGUAGCGAAGCUGAAAAGCUAAAAGGUCAAAGCGGUUCGCGUUUCACACAUAGGCUGAAAAACUGUCGCAGUUCGACGAUCGUUAUUCCAUUUUUACGGCAGCGUAGAAACAGGGCCAGAACCUUUUUUCACAUCGCCGACGUGUGUUUCAACUGCCGGCAAAUAAACACUCGCCAAUUCAUUUCGUCGAGGAUCAACAUUGUCCGUAUAACAUGAGGAAUUCCACUUUACUGAAAUGGGCACAGAAUUCUACCAACAACAAAAAUCAACCAGGCAAAAAUGGUGCCGCUUCAUCCCGAAAUUGGAUACAUUCGCCGGAUGCUCUUCAAAAGGGUCACAUCGCCUACUUAGUUAAGUAUCUCGGGAGCACAGAAGUUGAUCAACCCAAAGGUAUCGAUGUUGUUAAGGAGGCCACCUGCAAAUUAAAGUUUAAUCAGCAGUUGAGGAAAAGCGAGGGUACCAAAACGCCAAAAGUGGAACUAACCAUCAGCAUAGAUGGCGUCGCUAUUCAAGAACCCAAGACCAAGACGACACCAAAGCGUAUCAUGCAUCAGUAUCCACUUCAUCGGAUUUCGUAUUGUGCCGACGACAAGGGGGAGAAGAAGUUUUUCAGCUUUAUCGCUAAAGAGGAAGACGCCGAGAGACAUACGUGUUUCGUUUUUGUAAGCGACAAAUUGUCGGAGGAAAUAACUUUGACAAUUGGACAGGCCUUCGAUCUUGCUUAUAGGAGAUUUUUGGAAACUUCGGAUAAGGAUUUGGGCAGUCAGAGACGCAGUAUGGUACUGCAGCACAAAAUAAAACGCUUAGAACACGAAAACAAUAUCUACAGACAGCGGUUGCAGGAUAUUGCUUCGAUCAAGGGAACGGCCGACGUAACUUCUUAUCUCUCCCAGCAUAAUUUACCUGACAUUUUACACGUUCCGGGUGCACCAAUGACUCCUGAAAGUUCCUCGUCGUCGAUCAAUGAGACUACCAUACCCAGAAUGAAUGGUAGCUUGAGCAAAUCUUCUCUGAGCACAACUAACAGCGACAGUAAUGGAAAUACUUCUAACGGUAUACAACAGCCGCCACCCGUGCCACCAAGAAGUUUUGAAAAAAGUUUCGAUGACGAUUUCAUGGGCAGCGAACCCCCAGCACCGACGGUCGGAACUAAGCUGGAAGGUCUACUGAUGGAUGAGUUCGAAGAAGAUUUCAAUCCAAGGGCUCACGAGGGAUUGACGAAUGGGUCAACUUUCAAUCAUCAGUCGAACAAUAACCCGAUUUUGAACGGACAGGUCUCUUCGUCGCAGCCACUUUUCUUCCCUCAGGCUAACGGAGGUGCGAGUUCUCCACCGUUGCUCGCUCCACCGCCAAAGGCUAAAGAUUCUCGAAGACAGAACGGCAUCAAAGAAGAUCUUUUUGGCAGCGUUCCAUUCAAUCCAGCUCCGCCCAGCGGUGCAAAAACUGACAUAAAUGAUCCGUUUGAAAUGGGAGAGUUUGGGGCAUCGACUGCAGCGUUAAAUCCGAGUCAGCAGGAAUUGGAGAAUGCCAUCGGACUUUUAGACAAAAGGCUUUUAGAAAUGAAAGAUGGAUUUAGCAGAGGUCUUUCAAUCGGAACUGAUGACUUUUCAUUGGAGAGUCUAGAUCCGUUACGAAAUUGAGAUUAACGACCGUCACUAGUGUGUAAAAAAAUAAGAUGAAGAAGAAUUCAAGGAAAUAUUGAAUUCGUAACAAUGAUCACAAGGAUUUCUCCAGAAAAGGAAAAAGUAAUAGUAAUAAGCAUAACUAACGUUUAAAACAAUUUAUCUAACUGUGAGAUUUUUUUUUUUUUGAGCUGGAAGGACUAAAGAUUUAAAAAGAAACAAAUAAGCAUAAAAAGAAACACAAUGAACAAAAACGUAUGAAACCAAAAUUAGUCAAUUAUUAUACAUAUAUUUAUGGUGAUAUUUGAUAUUUAUAUAACGAUAAUAUUUUUAUGAUGUUCUCAUGUUGUAAUCCCUUUUUCUCGUAUAUUCUUGUGGAUAUUUUGUUUUAAUUUUUUUUUUUUCCCACAACGUAUCACCUGCAAUUUUAGAAUCUCAAAUGGAACGGCAUGAACGAGUCUUGUUUUAUAUAUUGUCCAGCGAAAUUAAGACAAUCGAAAUAAUGUGCCUUUCACGUCUUAUGUAACGAGCUCUUACUAUUAAUAAUACAGAUAAUAAUAUUAAAAACUACAUAUAUCUGUAAAAAGAAUAAUGUAUACCUUACAGCGGUUGGAAAAUGAUGAAAUGAUGGAAUGAAGAAUCUGUAAAGACUAAACAAUAUAGCUGUUUGUGAAUUAAGAGCAAUAUUGAACAUUAGACAGAUCUAUAUUUAGCACGAUUGAACUUGUCGAUAUUGCAAAUCCCGGUAAUUCACUGAUAAAAUACACAAAAGAUAUGAAAGAGGACGAGAAAAAGGAAAACUGAUAAUAAUUUGUAGGAUCUUUAUACCGUUGUAAAUAAUCGUGAAAUGCUUGGUAAUGAUUGUAUAAUAGACAAUUGAUCGAUAAUCCUACACUAGUGAUCCAAUUGUAUUAAAACUAGUAAAGUUGAUAAUAUAUUUACAAAAUUGAUAGAGAAAAAAAAUUAAAUGUAACGUAUGCGAAGAAAGUUAGCGCAAAACGGUGGUUGAAAAAAAGAAAAGAAUAAAACAACACCU